AUGAACACUGGUGAAAAAGCCAUCGCAAUAAAGCAGAAUUGGAGGGGUCAAUACGUCAAUCCGUGGAAUUCGUGGAGGGAGAAACGGAUGAAAGCAGCUUAUUACCUUCUCACCAACAAACCCUCAGAGGACGUCUGGCCGUUGCCCAGCAACGCGCAGCUGGACACAAAUCUCCCGGUAGUCAAGCCCGUUUUUGGCCCCCCGUUUACUGACUUUGACUCCGACUGCGGAGUGCGUCUUACUUGGCUCGGCCAUGCCUCUGUCCUCCUUUACCUGGAUGGGGUCAACAUCCUCUGCGAUCCCAUUUUUAGCUCACGAUGCGUUGUCGUCGGACCCAAACGCUAUCGCCCCAUGCCCUGUAAGGUUGAAGAUCUUCCCCAACUUCAUGCUGUGGUCAUCUCCCACAACCAUUUUGACCACUUGGACCUUCCAACUGUCAGGAAGUUAAGUCGAUGCUUUCCUGAUACUGUUUGGUGCAUCCCCACCGGCUGCGCAGAUCUAAUCGCCUCGACGAUUAACCGUGGAAAGGGAAAGCGUCGUCCACGUAUCUGGGAGGCAGUGUGGUGGGACGAGAGAACGCUCAGUGACAGUGAGGUUCGGCUUAUCUACACUCCUGCGCAGCACUGGUCGGGCCGUAAUAUCUUUUUCGAUAACGAUAGAAGUCUGUGGGGCAGCUGGACUUUUGUCGGACCAACGCAUCGCGCUUGGUUUGGCGGUGAUACUGGAUACUGUGAGGCCUUCCGAGACAUUGGAGAGAAAUAUGGUCCGAUUGAUGUUGCUGCCAUUCCCAUUGGUGCCUACACUCCACGCGACCUAAUGCGCUCUCAGCACGUAAACCCACAGGAAGCUGUGCAAAUCCACCGUGACAUUCAUGCCACCCACUCUGUCGGUGUGCAUUGGGGCACUUUUCACAUUGGUCGGGAGUACAAAGAGUGCUUAGCAAAACCUCAUGCUGCUCAUUCUCUUUCAAAUUGCAACCUCAUUUACUCAAUGCACUUGGUCAAACACAAUUUUGCGGGCGUGAUCUACAGAAAUCCGUGA